AUGGACAGCGGCGAGGUGACGGUCCUGUCCAACAGCCAGCACAAGUUCCCCGUCGCCUUCCCGCUGCCCGAGAUCCUGGCCAUGGCCACCUCCUUCGAAGGCAAGCAUGGCAGCGUCCACUCCUGGGUGGAGGCCAAGCUGCACCGACCCUGGGCCGCCGUCUGGAGGGCCAAGCAAGAGUUCACUGUCCUCAAGCCCCUCAACAUCAACACGCCUACCCUGCUGGUGAGUGGGUUGGCCGGCUGGCCAGGGAGCACCGACGUGGGCUUCUCGCCGGCCACGCCCGCCUUCUCUGGUCGCGGGCCCCUGGUGCCUUCCCCCGCUUGCCACCGCCAGCCCUCCAUGGGCGCCCAGGGAAGCGCACGGCCGGGCAGCCAAGCCUUCCUCUCGGCCCCCUUCCUUCAGCUCGCCUCCAGGCUGCAGUGGCCCGACAAACCGGGCUGGCCUCUCUGUCCAAAGCAGCCAGACCCCUCCCCCCGUUGGAAGGCAUGCGUCUCUCUGCAUCUGAUUAUCGUCUCUGCCAUCUGCCUGUCUUUUGCCACCCUCCAGACGUGGGCCUUCCAGUGCCCGGUGGCCCUGGUCCCUUCGAACGCGCCUGAGCUUCCCAGGCGGCAGCGUUCAAACGAGAAAUGGGUUGAUGCGGUUCACCAGGAUGCGCCGCUUUCUUUGUCGCGAUGCUGGAAAGUGCCGGAUGGGGUGGGCUGGAGAUGGGAGACCCGCGUUCGAAUCCACAGCCCUCUGUUUCUAAUUGGUUUGCAAAGUUACCGGCCCGUCUUCAACCUUGUGAUCAAGACGGAAGACCUCAGUGACUCCUUGCAAAACGCCCUCCCUUCCCGACCGACCCAUCUAGUACAAGGGCCCUCGAUGAUGCCCGGAGGCCAAAUCACUGGGGAUAUGAGUUCUCUUCACACUUUGCAGCAACUCGUGCAGGUCCCCGGCCACAUGCAAUCUGUCCCCCUGUUCCUGCUUUCUCAGGCCCCAACAGGACAACAAGCUCUGCAGUCAAAUCUUCUCUCCUUCCCUCAGCAGCAGAGCGGACUCCUCCUCCCACAACACGGACACAGUUUAGCAUCUCAGGCAGUGGGACGUCCCGGGCACCCUGGCUCAUCAUUAGAGCCCCACCUGGAGGUACCUCAACAUUUACAAGUUGCCAAACACUUGCCAUCCUCCGCAGCGGCAGACGAAGCCAACGACCUAGAAGAGCUAGAGAAGUUUGCCAAGACUUUCAAACAGAGGCGAAUCAAACUGGGUUUCACACAGGGGGACGUGGGCCUGGCCAUGGGUAAGCUCUACGGCAACGACUUCAGCCAGACCACCAUCUCCCGCUUCGAGGCCCUCAACCUGAGCUUCAAGAACAUGUGCAAGUUAAAACCGCUGCUGGAGAAAUGGCUGAGCGACGCAGAAUCUUCCCCCUUAGACUCUUCUGUGAACACCCCCACUUCUUACCCGUCCGUGAGCGAAAUGUUUGGGCGCAAGAGAAAGAAACGCACCAGCAUCGAGACCAACAUUCGCUCCACGCUGGAGAAGCGCUUCCAAGACAACCCCAAGCCCAGCUCGGAGGAGAUCUCCAUGAUUGCCGAACAGCUGUCCAUGGAAAAGGAAGUGGUGCGGGUCUGGUUCUGCAACCGGCGCCAGAAAGAGAAGCGCAUCAGCUGCCCGAUGCCCUCCCCCAUCAAAUCGCCCCUCUACAACUCCAGACUGAUUUCUACCUCAGGAUCUUUGGGUCCCCUCCCUGUCACGCCUGUCCACAGCACCAUGCACGGGGCAGUGACGUCUUCAUGCUCUCCCGGCAACUCCAGCCGGCCUUCCUCUCCUGGCACGGGACUGCACGCCAGCAGCCCCGGCAUGUCCCAGAGCAACUCCAAAGCUGCGAUCAACUCGACCAGUUUCAACUCUUCUGGGUCAUGGUACCGAUGGAACCAGCCCACCUACCUCCACUGAAGCCUCCUUGCCUAAAGGUCAACCAAAUCCACCUUCCUCUCCUCAGUAGAAAAAAGGAAGCCUCGACUCCUUGCUAUGGACUCGCCUCUCUGGGAAUGGUGCCUUCGACUAGGUCUGGUGCGGUGAGACAGGGGCCUUCAGAGAGAGCUUUGGGCCUCCCCUGAGCCCUUGAUCUCACGUGAUGGGAGCAGCCCAGCAAAUGCCACAGAAAGAAGAGACUCAAGCUGUGAUAGAACCCCAAGCGGUUGAGGGUUGUGAGUGUGUGCGUGUGAAUGUGCAUGUGGCGCAGUGUUGGUGCUGCACCCAUUGCCAUGUCGACCUCUGAUCCCCGCCUCCUGAGGCCUACACCUUUUUCUCAGUAACUGACACCUGGCAAUCGUCGUGGAUGGGGAAAGGUUGCUGCUGCUCUCUCUUGAACUCAUAAAAUGCUUCUUGCCGGAGGAGAUUGUGGAACCGCUUCUGUUCUCAGAGCUAAACCCGCAGAUGCCUCCCCGAGGGUCCCCCUAACCUGAGCCAGUGCGGCACAAUUCGGUUCCCCCAAGGCUUAAAUCUAGAUGGGAUGUUUGGGAUCUUGCAAAAGACGUUCCAAAGCAAAAAGAAGGUGCUUUUGAUUGUUGUUACAGUGCAGCAUCCGAUGGCUAUUUCCUGUCUGUUCAAACUGUGAGUCUCUUAGGCUUUAGAUGUAUGUCCAUUUCCUGUCUGUUUACAUCCCUAAGUGUUUCAGGGGUUGGGGGAAACCUGUGGGCCCAGUGAUCUCUGGUGAGGAAAACAGAUAGGGAGGAGUCCUGCUUCGGCUGCUCUAAAGGGACACUGGUGCAUCCAAUCCAUUGUCCUUUAGACACGUGGAGGUUCUAACCCCAUGACUGUACAGAUGAUAGCGUUUUCAGAAGGCUUUUCCACAUGAGGUGUCAGGCCCCAUGCUACUUCGGUUUAUCCCCUUAUUCCUGUGGACAUUUGCGUGCCUUCCUUUGUCCUACCCACU